CGCGACAGCGCGCAACCUCGAUGCGGCUCGAUGCGCGGUGCAGCGGGUAGGGAUAAGCGCGACACAACAGCAGCGGGGAAAGCAGCGCGUCGAGAAAGCUCCGUUUGCUUUGUUAUGAUACGCGUCCGCGCCGUCGGGAUUCGUGUCCCUGUCGCGUAGAGAAGAGAGGGUGGCCGCGAUCGACGCGACCCGAGAUUCAUGAGAGAGUCGACGCGACGUUCCUGUGCACCGCGGUACUGCGAUGCGAUAGCUUUCACCGGCGGAGCAGCUUUGCCCGACCAAGUCAUCGUCGACGAGGUGGCGGUGAUAGCGAGGGAGGCGAAUCCGUCCGCCGCCGCGUGCCGCGAACACGGGGGGAAACGUGACAGCGGCAGGGUGAGCUUGGUCGCCCCGUCGGUCGCCUGCAGUAUGCUCAGGGUCUGCAACAGGCGGAUAUUAUGGCUGCGGGUGAGGCCAGCACGGCGAAGCCUCGUCAGGAGAAGCAGUACGACUACCUGCUCAAGUUCCUGCUGGUGGGUGACAGCGACGUCGGCAAGCAAGAGAUCUUGAGCGGCCUCGAGGACGGCGCUGCCGAGUCGCCGUUCUGCAGCGGCAGCGCUUACAAAACUACCACUAUCCUCCUAGACGGGAAAAGAGUGAAGCUACAAUUAUGGGAUACGUCGGGUCAGGGUAGAUUCUGCACAAUCAUUCGGUCAUACUCCAGAGGUGCUCAAGGUAUACUCUUGGUAUAUGACAUUACCAAUAAGUGGUCCUUCGACGGCAUCGAUCGAUGGUUAAAAGAAGUUGAAGAGCAUGCACCUGGCGUACCGAAAGUACUGGUCGGCAAUCGUCUGCACUUGGCUUUCAAGAGACAAGUGGGUGAACGAGAUGCGGAGGCUUACGCGGCUAAGAAUCGAAUGGCAUUCUUUGAAGUCUCGCCCCUCUGCAAUUUCAACAUUCGCGAGAGCUUCUCGGAGCUCUCUCGAAUGGCGCUACACAGGAACGGCAUGGAGAGAUUGUGGCGAUCCAAUAAAGUGCUCAGCCUGCAAGAACUGGCAUGCCGCGCGAUAGUGGCCCGAACGACGGUUUACGGUAUCGAUCAGCUGCCGUUGCCCAAAUCGAUCAAGUCGCAUCUGAAAUCGUACGCGAUGACAACCACGUCCCAACUACGCUACAACGGCAACCGCUCGUUGAGCUCGAGCAAGAGUCUGGGAUCGCAUCAUCGGAAGCUACGCUUCGUCGGGGUGGGUCACAACAACGGUGGACUGUCGACGCCCGGCAGCUCACCCGGCAGCAUCACCGAUUCCCGCACAAGUUGCGUCGGCCGCAAUUCCUGCACGGUGUCUUGAGAUCGACGUAAGGACAGAAGUCGGGAUAGCGGUUACUUACGUAAAAACGUAUCGCGCAAUCAGCAUUCUUCCUUCCCCUCCCUUUCUCCGUUCUGUCAAGGAUGCAAAUCACGCGUUUACAAUGUUGUUUCACGAUUCAUAGCAAUUACUGUUAGUGCGAGAUAGUAUAAAUAUAAUGAAAUUCCGAUUUUUGCCACUUGCCAACGUUGACGGAUAUACUCUUGUUGCGUUUAUAUCACGAGAUACAUUUCAUGGUAUAUUUUCACAUCUGCAAGCCGCGCGCGUGCGCGACCACACACACACACACACAUACGCACACACAAAAUUUCAGGAUCCGAACGAGCUUAAGGGAGACGGGCCGUCGCGUAUUCGUGCCAUCCGUUGUACCGAGAUUAAAAGAGAGAGAGAGAGAGAGAGAGGGAGUCGCGGCACGUAAACAGGGAGAUCGCUUAAACGUUACCAAAUGUUGUCACCGAUCGCAAAGCUCGCACGGGUUUUCCAUCGCGUGAAGAGAACGCGUCAGGAUUACGGAGAUAUGACACACACCUAUAUACAGUAUAUAUCGACCGAACGUUACAUUACGCGAUUCGAGUGUGCCCAUACUUUAAAGUUAAAGCCCUUGUAAGUCGCUUUAUUCUUUUUUGGCCGUUGUUGGAAAAAGCAUUCUUUCCCCACAAACGUAUCUCUCUGUGCGGAAUGUUCUUUCUUCGAUCGUAAAGCUUUCAAGAGCAGCGAGUAAUGAACUGAAAAGUACAAGUUCGCUAAGUCUACGGUGGUUGUGGUGUAGACUAAUGAUGAUAGCGUAAGUGUAGAAAGUUUAGAGCAGCUAACUCGAGAUAUAUAUUAGCGACAUAUAUAUAAAUAUAUAUAUAUAUAUAUAUUUUCAAUUGCUUGCGAAAACCGUUUUAUCGGGAACUACCGGUUACCGAGCGCGGAAGAGCUAUAUAUUUUUUAAGGAGACAGUUUUAUAAAGAGCAAUAAAAUUGACUCUUUCUACGGCACGAGAUUUUACAUUGCAUUACGUUGAUCGAGAUCGGAUGAUGAUUUCCUCAAUAUUUUAUCUUUCGUUCUCUCUAUCUCUUUCUCCCCCGCAUGAAUUGUAAAUCGCGUGAAGCGUUUAAUCCGAAAUCCGAAACUCCCCUUGCCCCCUCCCUCCCCCCUCCCCGAAUACGAUUAUUUAAAAGUAUUGUUUUAUUUCAUUGUUACCUAAAUGUAAGUCCACAUGUACAGUGUAAGAUUGCAGGAGAUGCGUUUGUGUGUAAUAUAGAUAGAUAGAUAGAUAGAAAACACACUCGAUCUCUAACAUGUCUGUAACAAAUUACUCGAUGCCACAGGAAAGCACAUGAGAUGUAUAUUUAUAUUACGUUAGACUUAACUAAAUUAUAUUCUGUGUAUAUAAAGAAAGAACUAUAUUAUAUUAUGAUAUUGUUUUAUAUGAAUAUAACACGAUGUGCUUACUUGUCUGUGAGAUGUACUAAAUAAAACUUAACUUCACAUUAUAGCGCAGUGCAUGUAAUCUAUAUGUAAAGAUUUGAAAAACAGACUUCCUAUUUCGAAUACCAAAUUUUCUUUAAUAAAUAGAGUUCACACACAUUAAUUAUAUAUACAUAUUUUGUUACAAGAGAAUAACACAUCUUUCAUAUACGGAAGAAAUAUCCACUUAAAGGGGGCCACGUGUUAAGAAAGGGAAGAAAUGCCGUCCCGUUUGCCAAAAUGCUUCUAAUUUACUAGCUCGAGAAACGCUAUAAUUUCGUUUAAUAUAGUAGAGGAUAUAGAGAGCCGGUUUUCAUGAACUGUAUAUAAUAAACACGUUCUAGUUUUUUUUUUUUCAACUACGGUUUUACUUACAAUUAAUUAAUCGGCUUAAACGGAUCUUUUCCUGAAUUCAAUCACCGAAAUUGGCAAAGUUUUCUCCUUGGCAACUUGUAAUACACUACUUUCUUGUUAAUUUGAAUAUUGCAACUUUCAUCGAUGUAUUCCAUCUACACAGUGGUUCUAUUUGUAUGAUAACGAAACCCGACACCAAUUUAUAUUCAAUUAUAGUUAUAUGUUCCAGUUUAAAACACAUGCGGUUGUAUAGUGAAAAUAAAUCGAAUAUUUAUGAACCUA